GCCAUUAGAGAAAUGCACGACGUUGGCAUCGUGCACAUGGACCUGAAGCCAAGUAACAUCUUAAUCGACGAACACGGACAUCUCGUCGUCUGCGAUUUUGGUCUUUCCCAUGAAGUGCCCACCUAUGUUCCGAAGCACGACUACUCCGAAUAUCUCCAUAGAGAUAACUUUUCCGGUCAAAUUGGGACAAUUGCAUACACGGCUCCGGAGGUCAUCACUCACACCUUCUAUAAUUGCAAGGUCGAUACGUGGUCCUUGGGGAUGAUUUUGCUGGAGAUGUACAUGGGC